CGUACGUCGUCGUGCAACUAGCUCGGAGCCUCGGACCAAUGUCGUGAUCUGCAAUUUGCAGGGCAAAAAGCGUGCACCUCGCGAGUACUUAAACCCCUGGGGAGUCCCCUCGAUUCCCACAGCACAAGCCACGCCAACUAGCAGCUGGGAUCGAUCGAUCGCCCAGUCACAUACGAGUGAGAGAGAGAGAGACAGUUCGAUCGUCUAGCAUGGCGCUGGCGUCCUUGUCCAAGGUGGUGCUGGGAUCGGCGGCGUUCGGGGUGUUCUGGGUGCUGGCCGUGUUCCCGUCGGUGCCUUUCAUGCCUAUCGGCCGCACGGCGGGCGCGCUGCUGGGGGCGGCGCUGAUGGUCGUCUUCCACGUGAUCAGCCCGGAUGACGCCUACGCCUCCGUGGACCUCCCCAUCCUGGGCCUCCUCUUUGCCACCAUGGUCGUCGGCGGCUACCUCAAGAGCGUCGGCAUGUUCGGGCACCUGGGCCGGCUGCUGGCGUGGCGGAGCCAGGGCGGGCGCGACCUCCUGUGCCGCGUCUGCGUCGUCACGGCACUCGCCAGCGCGCUCUUCACCAACGACACCUGCUGCGUCGUGCUCACGGAGUUCGUGCUCGAGCUCGCCGCCGAGCGCAACCUCCCCGCGAAGCCGUUCCUGCUGGCGCUGGCCACCAGCGCCAACAUCGGGUCCAGCGCCACGCCCAUCGGGAACCCGCAGAACCUGGUCAUCGCCUUCAACAGCAAGAUAACCUUCGUGGGAUUCUUCCUCGGCAUCCUGCCGGCCAUGGUCGCAGGCAUGGCCGUCAACAUGGUCAUGCUGCUCUGCAUGUACUGGAAGGACCUCGAGGGGAACAGUCCCGACGCGAUAGCCGCCGAGAAGGAGAUGGCGGCAGUUGAGGAGGGUCGCCGGCCGUCCCCGGCGACGUCGGGGACGCUCAAGAGCCCCGGCCAGACGAUGCUGGUUCAGUCGUCAUCGCUGGUCGCGGCCGCCGACCACGACUCGGUGAUGGUGGAGAGCAUCUCGACCAAGCACCGGUGGUUCAUACAGUGCUCGGCGCCGCAGCGGAGGCUGUUCCUCAAGAGCUUCGCGUACAUCGUGACCGCCGGCAUGCUGGUCGCCUACAUGCUGGGGCUCAACAUGUCGUGGACCGCCAUCACCACCGCCGUCGCCCUCAUCGUCGUGGACUUCCGCGACGCCGAGCUCUGCCUCGGCAAGGUGUCUUACUCGCUGCUGGUUUUCUUCACGGGGAUGUUCGUGACGGUGAGCGGGUUCAAUAAGACGGGGCUCCCUGGCGCCAUCUGGAACGUCAUGGCGCCAUACUCCAAGAUCAGCCACGUCAGCGGCGUCACCGUGCUCUCCAUCAUCAUCAUUAUCCUCUCCAACCUAGCCUCCAACGUACCGACCGUGCUGCUGAUGGGUGACGAGGUGGCGGCAUCGGCAGCGACGAUCUCGGCGGCGGCAGUGACGCGGUCGUGGCUGCUGCUGGCGUGGGUCAGCACGGUGGCGGGUAACCUGUCCCUGCUGGGGUCAGCGGCGAACCUCAUCGUGUGCGAGCAGGCACGCCGGGCGCCGCGCAACGCACACGACCUCACGUUCUGGAGCCACGUCGUCUUCGGCGCACCAUCCACGCUCGUCGUCACCGCCGUCGGCAUACCCCUCAUCGGCAUCAUCAACGCUGCCUAGAUUCACCAUAAUUAUUUAGUACUUCCUCUGUUUCUAAAUAUAGGUAUUACAUGCCGAUCGAAAGUAAAAAAACUUGUCAAACCGCUGCAUGCUCAAUUAUAUAUGCAUGCUCCACGCGCAUGGUCGAUCCAUCGAACGAGUAUUCGA